UCGUCAUUUUCAUGAAACAACUUCAUCUUCGCAUCAUGUUUUUAACAAUAUGCAUGAAUGCAUUUAUUGUCACACUGCACUUUUCCCUACUGAGACUCAAGAAACAUGUUGUGGAUUGGGAAAAAUCAAGCUAACCUCGGUAGCUAAAACCACGCCCUUAAUAGAUUUAUUUGUUAGGCAUGAUAACAUAGAUAAAGAUUUUUGUAAGAACAUUAGAGCUUACAACAAUGCUUUUGCGUUUACUUCCAUGGGUAUCAAGUUAGAUAAACAUCUUGCAAAUGCUUCGCAAGUCGCAGCUAUAUGGAUAGAGGGUAAUGAUCCCACAAAUUAUACAAAACGUGAUGUAGUUAUACAUUCCCGAUCACAAGGUUUACAAAGAGUAUCAAAACUGAGUGGAUCAUAUAAUCCAAUGCAAUAUCUUCUUCUUUUUUCCCGAGGUGACCACGGUCAGCAUCCUGAGAUAUUACAAAAUGGAUCAUUAAAAAAAAUUACUGCCAAACAAUAUUAUUCUUACAAAUUACAUUUUCGUAAACCUUUGGCACUAUUAUUUUAUGCUAAAACCACGCCCUUAAUAGAUUUAUUUGUUAGGCAUGAUAACAUAGAUAAAGAUUUUUGUAAGAACAUUAGAGCUUACAACAAUGCUUUUGCGUUUACUUCCAUGGGUAUCAAGUUAGAUAAACAUCUUGCAAAUGCUUCGCAAGUCGCAGCUAUAUGGAUAGAGGGUAAUGAUCCCACAAAUUAUACAAAACGUGAUGUAGUUAUACAUUCCCGAUCACAAGGUUUACAAAGAGUAUCAAAACUGAGUGGAUCAUAUAAUCCAAUGCAAUAUCUUCUUCUUUUUUCCCGAGGUGACCACGGUCAGCAUCCUGAGAUAUUACAAAAUGGAUCAUUAAAAAAAAUUACUGCCAAACAAUAUUAUUCUUACAAAUUACAUUUUCGUAAACCUUUGGCACUAUUAUUUUAUGAUGAUAAUCUAAACGAAUUACCAAAAUUGUUACUUAGUGAAUUAAAUAUUCCAGUAAUUAACGAGGAUCUUGCAAAAAUCGAAAUUUUAAAUGAAAAUCAAAAUCAUCAUACACAAAUUGUAAAAACUACUUUAAAAUCUUCAACAUUAUGGUCUAACAUGGAAAUUUUCAAACUUCACCAAAAUAUGCGAGUAGAAAAUAAUCUCGAAAGUAACGAUUUUAAAAACUUCUUAAUAAGAAUAGGAAAUAGAACCGAAAAAACUAUCGGUGAUGACAUGAUCUGUAUUCUUGAUAAUAUGGUAAUUAAGUGGCAUGACGAAGAAUCUUUACAAACACUUAUAAAAUCAACAUAUCCAUCUCUCUAUACCCAGUUUUUAGAUACUUCUUAUUUCACUAACAAAAUCAUACUUACCACCAAAAAUGAACACGUAGAUUACAUUAACAAUAUAAUACUAGACAAAUUACUAGGAAAUUGCACAACAUACCGUAGUUUCAACUUCGUACCUGAUGAUACCAACAAUCUCUACUAA